GAGUAGACCUAUUCACUACACUGCCUCUCUAUUCUCAGCCACAACUCCUCUGAGCAGGAACCGGCUAGACAGAUAUCCUGAAGAGAGGAGGGGAGGAUCUUUCAGAACAAAGCGGAAUAUUUUUCUUUUAAUAAUUUGUGAUAAACUGGAAUAGGCCUGAUAGGUUGCGUUUCUGUUGUUUGGACUUCGCUUCCUGCUUCUUCGCCUUGUUGCACUACAGGAGCUCUCAUUGUGGCUGGAGCGAGGAUCCCCUCCUUUUGUGUUGCUCUGCAGUUGUUUAUUCACACUCCAACUUCUGCCUUCUGUUUCACUAUAGGCUAUAUGAGGUUUUAUUUCAUUUUUUAUUGUUUCGGCCUAAACGGAAUGAAUGACAAAAACAAAGGAGGUUGAUGUCCAUAACUCUCCGACUCACUUCGUCUUCGCCUCGCCCAAGGAACGGAGACUCCAUCUCCGGCAGAAGAUGGAAAGCGGAGGCGGGACAGAGGGCUCGGACAGUGGGCAGACGCAGCACGCGGUGACCGGACAGCAGCAGCCCAACCCCCCGCCUGAAACUGCGGAGCUCUCUGCAAUGGUGUCCGCUCAGCCUCCGGGCGAGAAAAAGAAGAAGAUAAACCGGGCACCGUCCCCGGCCAGACCGAAGGAUGUACCCGGUUGGUCGCUUACCAAGAUCCGUGGAGGGAUUGGGACCCCAACCCUGAGCGUCAAGCCGGGGGCCAUCCACUUGGGUAGCCGCAUUUCCAGGCGCAGUCCCGUGGGAAGUCUUGCUGGAAAGGACGGUAAAGUGGAGAAGAGCGGUGGUGGCAAACCGGCGGGCAAAUCCUCCUCCUGCGCCGCGUUGUCAAAGACGGUCAAGGCGACCAAGAGCACCGGAGGACGGAGGAAGGUGUCGGACGCCAGCAUAGGAUCCGAUGAUUUAUCUAAGGACUCUGGAUGCGCCACCGGGAAGCUCUCCCCAACCGCCAGUAGCUCCGAGCUAUCGGACUGCGCCUCUGAGGAAAACAAGCUCUCCGCGGACGCUGUGAGCAGCGACGCCGAAUCGAGGAGCAGCCGGGGCGGUGGGCCGGACGGAGACAAGCCACUCAGGGAUGGCGUGUUGGCGGAUAGAGCUAACCGAAAAGCCGCCGCCAAUACCAGAUGCUCCUCCGCGGAGAGGGACAACAAGGACCGGCUCUCCGUUGGCGUGGAGACUGGAGAAGGGAGCAUAUCCCCCGGCGAGGAACGCUCGGUCACCUCGUUUGACAGCAGGGUACCUGCCAGCACGUCCCUGGCUUUCUCAGACCUCACAGAGGAGUUUAUGGACGGCAUGCACGAGGAGUUUGUCCGGGAAAUAGAAGAGCUGAGAUCUGAGAAUGAUUACCUCAAAGAUGAGAUGGAGGAGUUGCGGUCUGAGAUGCUGGAGAUGAGGGACAUGUACAUGGAGGAUGACGUCUACCAGUUGCAGGACCUACGGCAACAGCUGGAGCAGGCUAAUAAGACUUGCCGCAUCCUGCAGUACCGGCUGAGGAAGGCAGAGCGACGCUCUCUCCGUGUGGCUCAAACAGGGCAAGUGGAUGGAGAACUGAUACGAACGCUGGAGCAAGAUGUCAAAGUGGCAAAGGACGUGUCCAUCCGUCUCCACAGCCAGCUGGACAGCGUGGAGAAGAAGAGGAGUCGUCUGGAUCAGGAGAACGAGGAGCUGAGGGUCCGACUUCAGGACCUGGAGGUCGCCAAACAGGUCCUGCAGCAGGAAAUUGACAAGAACUCCCAGAAGAAAAGAGCAGCAAGACCCAACAACAAACCUGACAAGAAGCUCUGUCCACAGGAGGACAGUUCAGACCUGAAGUGUCAGCUCCACUUUGCUAAAGAAGAGUCAGCCCUGAUGUGCAAGAAGCUGACCAAGCUGGUGAAGGACAGCGAUGCCAUGAAGGAGGAGCUGGCCAAGUACAGGUCGCUGUACGGAGACGUCAACAUCUCGCUCACUGGGGAGGAGGUUGCUGACUCCCCCCACACCCGCGAGGCGGAGAUCCGAGUCCACCUGAAGCUGGUGGAGGAGGAGGCCAACCUGCUGAGUCGACGCAUCGUGGAGCUGGAGGUGGAGAACAGGGGGCUCCGAGCUGAAAUGGAAGACAUAAAGGGACCACAAGAUGGUCCACAAGAACUCACUGGUGCUGGCGGUCUGGGCCUUGGAGGAGGAGCCAUGGUCCUCGGGGGAGGGGCCUCUUCUGAAAACGUCAUGGAGCUCCAGAGACAUCUCCAGUUUGUUGAGGAGGAGGCCGACCUGCUGAGGAGGUCUCUAAUCGAGAUGGAGGAACAGAACAAACUCCUGAUGAAUGAGAUAAACCGCUACAAAUCUGAUCUUCCGCCUCCAACGUCCACGCUGUCGUCCAAUUCCUUGGCGUCGCUGACAGACGGGCUGCUUAGCGACUCUAUACAGGAAGGGGCGGUGCUUAUCAGCACAGACGCCCCGGCCCAGGAGGAGGAGAUCAGAAUGGCGAGGCUUCAGAUUGGAGAACUGAGCGGGAAGGUGAAGAAGCUGCAGUACGAGAACCGAGUGCUUCUGUCCAACCUGCAGCGCUGUGAUCUGGCCUCCUACCAUGCUCCUUCCUCCUCCUCUUCCUCAUCACUACGACUGGCUCUGGAGACUGACGCUGAGGCUGGAGACUCAGCUGAGUGCCUCCCAAGCCCUCCGCACCGCAAAGAGCCACUAGGGGGCGAGACCGACACCCUGGAGAUCAAGGAAGGGAAAAAGAAGAUCGAGGACAACGCUGGCAUAACAACCUCACUCCCUGGGUACCCGGGGCAGAAGGACCAUGAUGCCUUGCUAGCUAUGAGGGACCAGGCUCGCUUGGUUUCCACGGCGAUACAGCUCCUGACCUCCCCCGAAUCAAACUGUCUAUCUUCCUCCCCAUCCAUCUAUCACAAGGUCUGCAGCAACGAGGCAGCAGAGCCCUGCGAGUUGGAGAAAGCUCAGCCUCAUAGUCAGAUUUCAGAGCUGUCUGAUCUGGCAGACCGGCCCCUGGUUGGUGCUCUGACCAGCAGGCUCCAAGCCCUACACACCCAGCUACAGGCCUUUGUGGCACGGGUAGACAGCCAGAGUAAACCCCCAGCAGGUGGGAGGGACCCUCAGAUGGAAGGAGCAUCUCCUCCGGCCUCACCCUGCUCCUCCCUUCCCUGCUCUGGAGAUAAACAGGAUGGACUGAACACUGCCGUGAAAAAGCAGCCUGAUUAUAGGGACCAGUCAGAGUUGGAGGUAAAAGGAAAAACUGAGGAGAACAGCCAAUCUGACAGCAAUGAGAUGAAAAGGCAGGAAGACAACCAGCGGGAACAGGGGGAGAACGAGGCAGAUGAUGCAAUGUCCAGUGACCUCCAGGCUCGUCUGGCCAAAGCAAAAGAGUCGGCUCUCGGAACUCAGGCGCAGGCUCAGAGAGAAACCACUCUCAAACUCACACAGCUCCAGGAGGAGCACCAGAAGGCUCUGCUCCGUCGGGACUUCCAGCUGCAGAGUUUGGGCCUCCAGGCUCGGCUUCAGCAGAAGCUAUGGAGCCAGGAGAGGACACUGUUGGUCCAGGAGUCUCAGCACCUCAAACGGGCCCUCUUACUGCUCAGCCUCAAACUACGCUGCUUCCUUAAACAGUGGAGGCUGGGCUGCAGGAAGGACACAGAGUGGAAAGACAUCUUAGAGAUGAACAGCCUGAAGGACCUCUACCUGCUGUUGGAAGAUGAAAAUCUGACAAGCCCCACUCUCCAGGCUGACAACAGGGCUGCUGCACAAGAACAACCACUCAGCCCAACUAUCAAGUCUAGCGCAGUGAGCAGCACCUUGGCAGACUUGAAGGUGGCGCUGCAGGAUCUGAGUGGAGAGUUGCGACAGGAGAGACAAGGCUCCCAAGAACUCACCCAGCAGUUCGCAAAGGCCAAAGCAUCAUGGGAAGUGGAGAGGACUGAACUAAAGAGCCUCAUUGUACAGUUUGAGACCAAAGCAGGCAAAGCAGCAGCAGUAGCUCUGUCUGCCACUGAUGCACUGGAUCCUCUAGACCUGAAGGUGGCGCUGAAGAGGGAGCGUGAAGAACACCAGCACCUCCUAGCCGACUCCUACGCAGCUGUGAUGGACCUCACUAAACAGCUUCAGAUUGGAGAGAGGAACUGGGGCAGAGAGAAGCUGGAGCUGCUGGAGAGGUUCACCCAGGAGAGAGCUCAGUGGGAGCAGAGACUGGCAGAGGCCACUGCACAACAGGGGAAGUCAAAGUCAUUUGGUGGCGAGUCCUCUGCAGACACAGUCAUCACUAAUGGAACAGGAUCACCAAGAACCAAAUCCACAUCAGAGCUCAACGGCGCAGAAGUCAACGGGACAGCUAAUCAGGAGGCGAGGAUCCAGUUUGCAGAUGCAGAGCUGGGUGAGCUUACCAGGAAGAAUUGGACCUACCUGACCAAUGAGACCCCGGAGGUUGGGGACACCUGGAAAACCUGGGAUGGCCCCAGUUGCUCUUGCAGCAGCUUAGUAGGAUCAGAGCAGGAUCUGGAGUCUGUCCAGAGAAGCUACACUGCUCCAGACCGCACCGGCAUCCGGAUCUACUACAGCCCUCCUGCCGUACGACGCAUGGAGCACAGACGAAGGAGCCAGGAGGCCAAAGAGUCCCAGCAAGCCUAUAACGGGAGCUCUUCCCCAGGACUGAGUGGCUUGGACGUGGACGUGGCUGCAGUGGAAACCGUUGACGUUCAGCAGCACCAUCCUCCGUCCUCCUUUUCGUCCUCAUAUGAGCAGUGGCUGAGCUCGCUGUCCAAGCAGCACAGGGAGCUGCUAGAGAGCAGAAGUGGUUGUAUCGCCGGUUCAAUCCCCAGUCUCGCCAAAAAUGGCGUUGGCGGACCGGUAGAUGGAAUGACGUCCCCCUCAGCAUUCCACGGCCUGGAGAUCGGGGAGAUUUCAGCCAACUUGAGUGAUGACAUGAAGGAGAUGACCAACUGUGUCCGCCAGGCCAUACGCUCUUCCUCUCUGGAGAGGAAAUCCACCAAGGAACCUGGGAGUCAGGCGAUGGGAAUGUCCACCAGGUCCACGCAGACUGCUGCACAGUACGUCAGCAUCGGGCUUCAAACCGACAACCUUCACAGCAGCAGGGGGACGGGGUUACACUCUAAAGCCUGGUCUUCUCGCCCCUCAAACACCACCUCCUCGCUAGCGUCUGCCCGAACCCGGCAGAUAUCAACAUCCCUGGAUAAAGUUCACAGCCGCAUCGAGAGGCCGUGCUGUUCACCCAAGUAUGGAUCACCGAAACUCCAACGCAGAGUGUCUUCUGGCUCCACUUCAAGACUGGAUGGGAGUUCAUCGUCUAGGGACCGGAGCCUGUGGAGCCUCCAGCAGAGAUCCUUCAGUGGAGGAGGAGGCUCGGCCUGGGCUCGCUCCACCACCACCAGGGACAGCCCCGUGCUCAACGGCCUCACCGACGGGCUCUCCAGCCUCUUCAGCGUGGUGGAACACUCUGGAAGCACAGAGUUGCUCUGGAGGGCUGACGGAGGAGCCAGUCCAGCACCGCAGCCUCCUGCUGCAGGGAAACCCUCCGUUGUGGCAGCUUGUGGAUCUGAACCCUGCCCUCAGCGGUACGGAGGCCUGGUCCAGGAGUUUUUUAGGAAUGUGUGCAGCAGCCGUGGCCAAGGAGGAGUCCCCCUGCCUGGGGAGAAAGUGCAAAGAGAUUCCAAUGGCACCCUGGGUGUCAUUGGGAAUUUUGUCAGCGUGGAUGAGCCCAAGCCCGAGUGUGUGUCAGCCGGAGUUGGAGGACUUGGAGUGUUGGCUGGAAGCAACGACAAUGUGACCAAGAUUGUCAAUAAAAGGUUUAUGAGACAAACAACCGGGGAGGAGAUGGUCACUAUCAUGGGAGGAGUGAAAGAAACGAUGAGCAACGCUGGGGCUGCAGGACCUGGGAUGGAGGAUGCACCCUGUGACUGUGCUUCCCCGUCUUCCUGCCAACCCCGACCAUCAAGAGCAGCACCUCGGCAUUGCCAUCACCGCCAUCAAGAGUCUCUGGCGGCAACUGAGGAGAAGGGCGACACCUGCAACGAGUGACGACACUUCUACUGCCACAAGUAAAGACAAGCAACACACACAAACAAUACUGAUUCUUCACUGUACACCACUGCCAUGAAAACACACUUUCUCACACAUCUCGCAUCAGCAAAUGUUCUUACACACCCACAGCCUGCCACACAGGUGCACUGCCAAACAUAACACACACCGCUAGCACACUGCACAGACUGUCUCACAAACCCACUGCCACAUGCACACAUUCAUAAAAACAUGCACACCCACACAGAAUCCUGGCAAUAUCACACUUGUCUUGGACUGUACCAUCCUGAUGCCAAGGAAUGGGAGGACUGAAUCUUCAACCUAGCAAGAGAUCCAACCAUCCCAAAACUACCAGCAGGACAUAAAACAAACACAUAAUCUGACACACUUAACUAAACAAAAAUAACUCUACAAACUGGAGAGAAUCUAACAAGUAAAACUAUGAUGUCAGGACUGGAUCUACUAAACCCUUCCCCCCCCCAAUUUAAGGAAUAACAGGUAAUACAAAUGGUCAGUUUUGGACAUUGAAAAUCCCCCUUAAUGACGCGUCUCGCCACCAAGCUGUUGGACCAGCAGCCAUGUUGGCUUUACAGAUGAGCACGGAGGAAGGAAAGAUUUCAUCUCAGAAUGAAUAUAUGUUGAAAGUGCAUGUGUACCUUUGGGAGCUACAGUAUAAAACUUAAGAGGAGACAUCCAUCACAACUUGGAAGAUUUUCCACAUUGUGGUAGCAACUUUGAAACUAUCAAUCUCAGAAGAGUGAUUAAACUGUGUCAUAUACACAUGUGCUGUGCUGGCAAAUGCAAUUAUGCCUUUUUGAUUGAUUAGCACAAUAACAUUCCAGCGAGUGUCUCCAACAUGGAUCUGAAAACGCCAUCUCUUAAUGACACUUGUGCUUCAGCUGCAAAUGAGCAUUCAGCGUUUUUCCUAUCACAGUAGGAAAAAGAAAGAUGGCGAGGACUAUUGGACUACACACGCCAGCAUGGCCAGACUAACUCCAUUGAUGGAUGUUUGGACUUGGACACCUCUAUAAAUUAGACUAGAAAACUGAUUUGAGGGAACCUCGUACCAUUGUUGUUCAGUUGCAAACCUUAACAACAAAAUGAAAGCUCCCCAGGCUUCUUUAGAUGGAACUGUCCACUGUGUUCCCAAAAGGACUUUGGAAACACAUUUUGUGGCAUUAAUGCCAUGACUUAAAUCUUGUAGAUGCAAAAAAAAAA